AUUAUUAUAACUAUAUUAAUUAUUUAACUAUAAACAAUGUCAGCUACUUGUGAAACUUGCGAUAAAAAAGUAUACGCUGCAGAAUGGGUCUCUGGUCCAGAAUCAAAGAAAUAUCAUAAAUUAUGCUUAAAAUGUGUCCACUGUAAUAAACAAUUACAACCAGGUCAAUUCCCAGAAAAAGACGGUAAACCAUAUUGCAAAACUGAUUAUGAUAGAUUAUUCAGAAUUGCAGGUUAUGGUCACGGAGAUUUAUCAAGUUUUGAACCAGCUGUUAAAACUGAAACUACUGUAAUUGAAGAACAACCAGUUCAAACUUAUGCUGCUCCAGAAGCAAAGAACAAUCUUCCAGCUUUACACCCAUCAAAUUGUCCAAAAUGUGGUAAAAAAGCUUACUUUUCCGAAAUGAAACAUUACAACAGCAGAGAUUGGCACAAGACUUGUUUCACUUGUUUCCAUUGCAACAAAAAUCUUGUAAGUGGUUCAUACAGCGAAAAAGAUGGUUAUAUCUUUUGUCCAAGAUGUUACCAAUCCAAUUAUUCAAUCAAAGGUUUUGGUUUUGGUGGUUCAGCUGUUUUACAUUAAAAAAUCAAUUUAAAUAGUAAUAUAAUAAUAAUAAUAAUAAUAAUAAACAAACAAAAACAAAAAUUAUUUAUAUCAAGCUAAUCAAAUUAUGUAAUAAUAAAAUUAAAAUAAAAUGAAAUCAAUGAAACUUUGAAUUAUUUUUUAAAA